AUGUGUCACACUUCCCUCGCCCGCGUCCGCCUUGUCCUGCCAAACUACAACCACAUUCCCGGCCACACCAUCUACAACUACGGCAGCUACAACCUCAGGAACGACAAGUCCGGCAACGACACCGCGAGGACCUACAACAGCCACAACCACAACUGCGUUACCGGUGUAACAGCAUUAACCGCUGCAGCAGCCAACGGCCAUUACGCGGUGGUCGAGUACCUGCUGAGCCAGGGGGCCUCCGUGGACAAACCUAACACAAACCAAUUCACGGCGCUGAUGGAGGCAGCGAGAGCGAAGCACAUCGACAUCCUGCGGCUUCUGAUAGAUAACGGAGCGGACUUGGAAGUGGCGAGAACGAAUGCUCUCUACCUUGCCGACAAAACCACUGAAAAUCACUCUUGCGCCUCAGCCACAGGAGCUCAGCAGCUCUGA